AUACGGACGCGUUCGCAAAAAAUAUGUCAUAUUUUUUUUUAAUUUUCGCGAUAAAUGCUGUAUCAGCAUUGUCUUUGCCGAAUCCUGAAAAUGUGGAAUUGAAUGAUGUCGAACCUUCGAUCGAGUCGACGGCGCGAGCUAUGGGCAAGGAGUGUCCGAACGGGAUUUUCAGUGCAACAUGUUUGAAAAUUGAAGCUAUAUCUAUGCUUGAAAAGCUUAGUUCGAAGGACGAAUUGCGCCUUUUGCCUGGGAUAAGUGUUGUGAAAGAGGUCAAAGAAAAUGGAAGUAAAGCUGAGGAAUUUGCAGCUGAAUUGGCCAGGGCGAUGCCGUCUAAACCUGAUGAACGGUUGGAUAAAUAUCUGUUGUAUAGACUGGGGAGUUACUUGGAUAAUCACUCAGUGAAGCUGAGACUCUUGGAUGAUGGAGCGACCGAGGAAGCUAGGGCACUUAUUGGGGAGGCUCGAGGCAAAGGGGGUGGCCUCGGCGGUGGCAAGAAGGGUGGCAUGGGUGGUUUGAUUGCAGCAGCUCUUAUGAUGAAGGGAACCCUGAUGUCCAUGGGUCUUGGAGCCCUCGCGUUGCUAGCAGGGAAGGCGUUGAUGACAGCUCUCAUGUCUCUUCUCCUCUCUGCGAUCAUCGGCCUGAAGUCUCUGACCAGUGGUGGCAAAUCCACAACCUACGAGAUCGUUUCCAAGCCUGUCUACAGUCACUCCCACUCACACUCAACAGCACAUGAAGAUGUUGGGGGGUAUGGACAUUCGGGAUAUGGAAGGAAUUUGAAGAUCAGGAGACGUUAGAUAUAAUAAGUUGAACAGGUCAUAGCGCAUUAUUGGCAUAUUGGUGAUAAUUCGGUUUCACACAUUCCCUAAACUAAAUUGGCAGGUG